AUGAAGAUUAUCAUUGUCGGAGGAGGUCUAGGUGGCCUAGCCUGUGCAAUUGCAUGUCGCCGUGAAGGAAUUGACGUGGAAAUUUUCGAGCGAUCCCCCAACGUUCACGAAGUCGGAGCAGGCAUCCAAAUCCCACCAAAUGGCGGUAGGAUAAUGCGCGACUUUGGCCUUCUUUCCCAAAUUCUCGAGCAUGGAAGUCAAGUGCAGCAAGUAGACUUUCGAAGGUACAAGGAUGGUCGUCUUCUGCGAUCAAUGCCAUUUGGGAAUGAUAUCACGGAGGAAUUCGGUGUGCCGUGGAUAAUUAUUCAUCGGAUGGACUAUCAUCGCGUUCUUCUUGAUGAAGCAAUCCGACUUGGUGCGGUCCUUCAACUCGGGGCAGAAGUAGAGGAUAUUUACACCGAGCAGCCUGCUGUUCUUCUCGCUGAUGGGAGAUGUCAAAUGUCUACGGUCCGAGGGGCUGUUCUUGGAUCUCCUCGUUCUCCGGUGCCAACAGGCGACAUGGCCUAUCGGGCAACAUUUUCCCGAGAGCAACUGGAGGCUUUGGGUGAUAAAAAAGUAAAAGAACUGUGUCAGAAAAUUGGGGUCACAAGCUGGCUGGGACCCGAAAAACACACCAUUUUCUACCCCCUCCGUAGUGGAAAGGAGUUCAAUCUUGUGCUCAUGCGGCCGGAUAACCUACCACCAAACUCUCGAAGAGAGCAGGGUGAUGUUUAUGAGAUGCGAGAUAGCUAUGCCGGCUGGGAUGAAACGUGA